CCCUCAGUGAAGCAAACAGACCUGAAACCCGGUCAAACGGUCGACUACCCAUUCCCGGAAUCUCCAGAGAAGCCACGGCGAAGCGCAGCGAGACGCAAGCGCCAAUGCGCGCACACACAGCCACCACCACCACUCAAAGCAAAGCAAGGCGCCCACCUCUGCCUCCAGUGGGCCCCACGCGCUGACCCGCACGACCCAGCACUAGCACAGCAGCCGCAGCCAGUCCAAUUCCAACCGCAGACUCUCUCUCUCUCUCUCUCCCCCGCGGCCAACCGAAGGCAACCCAAGCAAAAGAACAACCCAAAACCUACCACCAACGACCCAAGCAAAACCCCACCACGCCCCCCACGAAAUUCGCUCCAAAAUUCCAGGCGACAAGGCGGGGAUUGAGCCGCCGGAGCGUCCGUUUCCGGAGAUUCGACGCGGCAGCGGCCCGUUUCUCGGAAGCUUGUUCGAAGGGAGGAGGGGAUUUCGCUCGUUUUCGUUUCAGGAGGAAGGAUGGGGGAGGGGGCGAAGAUGCUGGUGCGGCCGAUCCAGCUUGCGGACGAGGUGGCCAAGCAGUGCGCCGCGGCGCGGUGCUUCCGGACCGAGUGCGGCGACCUCCAGGCCCGUGCCGACAAACUCGCCGCGCUGCUCCGCCAGGCCGCGCGCGCGGACCUCUAUGACCGCCCCGCCGCGCGGAUUAUGGCGGGGGCCACGCAGGCGCUCGCCAAGGCCUCGGCGCUAGCGGCGCGCUGCGCGCACGGCCACCCCCGGCUCCGGAGGCUCUUCACGCUCAGCCCCGCUGCCGGGUUCCCGCGCACCGCCGCGCUGCUCGACACCGCAAUCGAGGACGUCGCCUGGCUGCUCCGCAUCUCCUCGGCCCAAGCCGGCGCCGACGGGGACGGGGACGGCGACGGCGACCUGCGCGGGCUCCCCAACAUCGCGCAGAACGAGCCCAUACUCUUCCUUAUCUGGGACCAUGUCGCGAGGCUCCACACCGGCGGCCUCGCCGCGCGGGCCGACUCCGCCGCCAACCUUGCCUCGCUCGCCCGAGACAGCCAGCACUUCGCCAAGCUCAUCAUCGAAGAGGACGGCAUACCACCGCUGCUCAGGCUGCUCAAGGAGGGCACGGACGAUGGACAGGAGGCUGCUGUGCGCGCGCUCGGGCUGCUCGGCUGCGACCCCGAGAGCGUUGACAAGCUCGUGCAGGCUGGGAUUUGUUCGGCCUUCACCGCCGCACUAAAGGAGCCGCCGAUGCGCGUGCAGGCUGCUGUUGCUGAGGCUAUCGCCACGCUCGCUGAGCGGAGUCCGACAUGCCAGGAGCUCUUCGCGCAGAACAACGCUGUUCGUUAUCUUGUUGGCCACCUUGCAUCCGGGACCAUCCAGGAGCACAGCAGGUACUCCGUCGGCUCUAAGAGUAGCACUGCGGCCCCAACACACAUGACAUCGCUCCACUCCGUCGUGCUUGCCAAGACACUGAGCUCGCGUCACAGCGGUGACUUCGGCACAUCUGUUGCUGACGAGCCAUCCAGAGUGUCUACCGUCUCCAAAGCUGAACUAGACAUGAAAAGGAACCAAAUGCAGUCGGUGGUGCAGUCUGCAAUGGCUGCCAAGACAAAGACAAAUGGGUCGUUGGUUCCACCCUUCAGGCCACAGCUGGGCACCAGUGGCUCUAGUGGCCGCGCUGCUCGUGAUGUGGAAGACCCUGAUCUCAGGGCGCGCUUGAAGGCUAUGGCAGCGAAAGCUCUAUGGAUGCUCGCACGUGGUCGUCUUGGAGUCUGCAAGAGCAUUACAGAGUCGCGUGCGCUGCUUUGCUUUGCUGUGCUCCUUGAGAAGGGUGAUGGUGGUAUGGGCACUAACAUGCAGUUCUUCUCAGCGAUGGCAAUUAUGGAGAUUGCCCGUGUCGCUGAGCACAACCUUGCGCUGCGGCAGUCGGCCUUCAAACCCAGCUCGCCGGCAGCCAAGGCUGUCGUUGAGCAGCUGUUACACAUUGUCCGCAAGGGUGACUAUGAUGAACUCCUGCUUCCGUGCAUCACUGCUCUUGGUUGCCUUGCGCGGACAUUCACAGCGAGUGAGACCCGGAUGAUUGCACCACUUGUGCAGCUGCUAGACGAGCGUGAACCUCCGGUCAUCAAGGAAGCUGUGCUUGCACUCACCAAGUUUGCGUGCAAUGACAACCACCUACAUGUUAACCACUGCAAGGCCAUUGUGGAUGAUGGUGGUGCACGCCACCUUGUUCAGCUGGUUUACCUUGGUGAUGAGGUGCAGAUCGAGGCGCUGAUACUGCUAUGUUACAUUGCAUCGCACGUGCCAGAGAGUGAGGAGCUUGCGCAGGCUGGGGUGCUCGCUGUGCUUCUCUGGGCAUCAAAGCAGCAGUACAUGGUGCAGGAUGUGCGUGUUGAGGCACUGCUGCCUGAAGCCAAGGCGAGGCUGGAGCUCUUCCAGUCCAGAGCAUCCAGGUGAUGUUGGCAGCACGAUCAACAGAUUUUGGGUUAGUUGUUCCUUGCUGCAAUCUGUAACAAGAGUACAACUGUUUCCGUAGUUCAUAAUUGUUCUUGUGAGGUAUGUCACUCUGUAGGUUGUACAUAUCAGCAAUCAAUUUAGCCCAAGAAAGAUUGGUUGGGGGUAUUGAAUUACAUUUUGCGAGGCGUCAAAACAGAUUAUCUGUGUACCUGUAAAAGUGGCCAUAUCCAAUUUUUUGUAUUCAUGAUCAUUUGAAUUGAUCUGUGGUUACAUUCAUGUGGUUGGAUUGCAAUCAACUGAGACUGAAGCUUUGGUACUUAA